AUAAGUAAGGCAGUCGGCAGCUGUUGUGUAUGCCUUGUUGUAGCUGUACAAAAUGAAGAGCUUAGUGUUACUUUCACUGACGUUGAUACUGGUGUGGGAGGCUGAAGGUGGCUGUGUGUUCUCACGACUUGAUGUGACGGAAGUUGAAGGUGACCUCCUUUUUCACUGUCCCUAUCUUGACCUCCUCCUGAGACCCGGUCAGAAAGGGAUAGCCUCCGACUGCAAGCUGUGCACAUGCUCCAUGCGCGGUCUUCAAUGCUGCGGAAUUGGCAGAUACAGCGCAAGCGUGAUGCCUGAGUGGUGCCAGGUGGUUCGAGCCUUCAACAACAGGUGCGGCUACAGGGUAGUUCGGACAGAUGACCACUCCAUCGACUGCUGAACAUCGUCGUUGUCCCCAAGACCACCAAAAACGACAAGAACAGGGGUUACUAAUGUACUAAGACUUAAAACGGCGUACAACUGUCCUGUUUCACACGGUGUGUCGGUUGUCAUGGUCACGCAUUGUUUAUGGUUUUGGACAUUUGGAAUUGGCUUAUCCCCCUCUUAAUAUCUGAAAAGCGAAUUUCAGUAUAAUUCCACCUGGAAGAGACGACAAGGUUGCUCCUCUGCUGGCUGAUACCACCUCACGUUUCAUACAAGACACUUGAUAUGGAUGUGCGACUUCUUUAUUAUUUACACACGACGUUUCUGAGCUAAUACUUGCCCCUUCAUCAGGUGAAUGACAGUGAAUAGUUACAUAGGUAUAUAUAGUAUGUACAGGAAGUUGUUGCACAUCCAUAUCAAGUGUCUUGUAUUACCCUACCAACUUCUAAAAGCCUAUCAAACAUCUGACCUCACGUUUCAGUUCAUAUCAGUUCCAGUUUAUAUGUCCGACCUCAAUAGUCCACAUUCUGAAUGUCCAUGUACUGACAAUAAGAAAAUUAAACUAUUGAUGUCAA